UAUUUACAAUGGAUCUAUCGAGACAACUUAAAAAUUCGCGAGUCCUUAAGGCCCUUAAGGUUUUUAUUGACAAAGAACCCGCAGUCCUAACUUCGCUAGGCCUCAUGCGGAAGCAGGAUAUACCUAACGUGCGCCGAGAGCGGGUGGAGCGGCGCCGAGAACUGGUGCGUCUAUGGGAUGACGGCUCGACUGAUGUAGAUAUUUUUGAUCUACGCUACUUGUUUGCAGAGGAAAUUGAUGUGAGUUGCCUCCUGAUUGCUAGUAGCUGUUUUUUUCUUUUCUUUUUGGGGAUUUUUUUUGGUAUCUUAUUAAAUAAUUUUCAUCUAACAGUUUGCGUGACAUUCUUUUGUAAUUAGCGUAGUAAAAUAAACACAAUAUAAAACUGAAAAA